AUGUCUUAAAUUCAUAACGAUCUUUGUAUAAAGAGCAUUGAUGAAUUGAGACAAGCUUUCAAGUAAGUUCAAAUUCCAACUUAAUAACCAUAACAAUAAUAAUAAUCAUAGCAAUAAAGCCCAUAAAAGGAAGUCGAAAGAGUUAUUGAAACUAAAGCACCUACUUCCUCACAUUAAUAGAUACAUUGUCAUCCAAUUUGUUUCCCUUCUCAUUUUUGUCAUCCUAUCAGUUAUUAGCCAUUUAUAAUUGUGCAAGAGCAACCUGUAAAUGAGAGGAAAUCAAAUAAGAAGAAGAAGAAAUACGUUAAAGAAGUCUAAGAAGAAAUUUAAGUUCAAAUACCAGUCAAAAAAUCUCGAUAAAAAAUAGAAUAACCCAAUUUUAAUGUUUAAAGGGAAGUAGACCAUUUAGAAUAGCUUAUAAGGCAAGUUAAGAUUCAAGAAUAGCCAGCUUAAGUUUUAGAAUAUCAUAUCAGUGUUCCUGAAUAGGAGAAGCCUAAAGAUAACACUGAAAUGAUCGCUAUGUUAUCAGCAUUAAAAUAAGAACCAAUAUAAUUACCUAAGGAUGAUUAUCUAAAAAUUGAGAAUGCUAGAUUAUAAGAAGAAAUUAAAAACACUAAAAUAUAAUAUCACGAACUCAAUGUCAAAUAUGAAGAGUUAUAAAAAAGAAAGAGAAAAGAAAAAAUAGUUAAGGAGAUUGAAUAUAAGGAAAUACCAAAAAUUGUUGAAGUACCCAGAGAUGUGGUUAGAGAAGUAGUAAAACCAUUUGAAGUUGUUAAAGAAGUAAUUAAAGAGGUUGAAAAACCAUCUUAAAUGAAUACUAAAGAAAUUCCCAUUUAUGUACCUUAAUAUAAAGAAGUAAUUGUCAACAAAGAAGUACCUGUUUAUAAGGAAGUACCAGUAGAAAAGGAAGUAAAAGUUUAUAAGGACAUACCUGUUUAUAAAGUUUAGCCAGUAUAUUAUGAUGUACCUGUCUAUAGAGAUGUUCCCAUAUAUCAGAAGGUGCCUGUUUAUAAAGAAGUGCCAGUUUAUUCUGAACCAAUCAAUGUUUACAGAGAAAUACCAAUAAUAAAAGAGGUAGAUCGCGUUCCAGAGUCGAUUGUAGAGCAUCCAAAUUUAUCAAGGACAAGGAGACUGAUCUCACCCAACUAAAAUGGUAGAUCAUAUAUACGGUCUCCAUAUUCAAGAAUAGAAUAUUGA